AUGGGUGAAUGGAGUUUCCUCGGGGGUCUUUUCGACAGCCUUCAGGCCCACUCGCCGAUGCUCGGUCGCUUCUGGCUCCUGCUCAUGCUCGUGUUUCGGAUCCUGAUCCUGGGGACCGUGGCCAGUGAUCUGUUUGAGGAUGAACAAGAGGAGUUUGCCUGCAACACCCUCCAGCCGGGCUGCAAGCAGGUGUGUUACGAUAUGGCUUUCCCCAUCUCCCAGUACAGGUUCUGGGUGUUUCAUAUAGUCCUCAUCGCUACGCCUUCUCUGCUUUUCCUCAUGUAUGCACAACAUCAUCACAACAAGAGAACUAGACUCCCCAAAGGCAGCCGAGCUGGCACACAGAGCUACAGAGAAGAUGCCCAUUUCAGGAGGCUGUAUAUUAUAAAUGUGAUCUUCCGGAUUGUGGCCGAGGUAGGCUUCUUAGUGGGCCAGUGGCAGCUCUAUGGCUUCAAGGUGGAGGCGCAGUUCCCCUGCAGCCGCUUUCCUUGCCCCUACACAGUGGACUGCUUCACCUCUCGUCCUGCAGAGAAAACAGUCUUCCUCUGCUUCUACUUCAUUGUAGGGGUGAUAUCAGGCGUUUCCAGCUGUGCUGAGCUUUUCCACAGCUCCGUGAAGUGGUUUUGCACCAGGCCGGAGCCCCUCGCCCAGGAGCACUCCUGCCACAGUCUCCACAACCUCAAACAAUCGGAGUCGGAGGAGAGACCUGGAGGAGCAUCGGACAGCGUCGCCACCCCUGGGAAGCUAAAGCAAAGUUCGUUGAGAAGCAGCAAGAAAUCGUCCAGCUUUAGCCACAAGAGCAAGAGUGGCAGAUAUGUGAGCACCAACAGGUUCCUGGUGUGA